AUGGUUGUAACCGUUUUACUGUGUUCGUUCACGCUGUUGCCAAAUAAGGUUGUCGGUCAGUGUGAAUGGACUGGAUGGGGCACAUGUCAUCCGUCGAUAUUGUUGGGAUUAUUGGAUCCCGUAUCAGCUCUCCAAUAUGAAGCGAUCAUGAUGGAUGUCAACCUCGGAGAGGCUGAACGUAAAACUUUGGUUAUGCAGUGGGCACAAAAUCAAGAUCCAUUGGUUUGGGUAUGCAUAGUCUGA